AUGUCAUUCAAAUCCGAUGUUGUUUUCAAUGAAAUCAAAGAAAGAAUUCAAACCGACAAAGAUUUGGUGAAAAAAGUCGGAACAUCGUUCAGAAUCAAUGUUGCUGGAGCUGAUGGAACUGUUAAAACCUGGACUAUUGAUGCUAAAGUUUGUUUGAAGAUUCUGCAAUAAUUUUUAAAACCUAUUUUUUUGCAGUCCGAUACUCCAUACGUUGGAGACGACAAAACUCGUGCAGUUGAAAUCGAAAUCAACAUCAAGGAUUCUGACUUUGUCUCAAUUGCCUCUGGAAAACUGAAACCAGAUCAAGCUUUUAUGCAAGGAAAAAUGAAGUUGAAGGGAAAUGUAGCAAAGGCAAUGAAAUUGCGCACCAUCUUGGACCCAAAAAUGCUCAAAGCCAAACUUUAA